UGUCGCGUCAGACGCCGGGAGGGGGACGGGGCGGGGAGUAGUGGGGGAGAAUGGGAGGACGAAGGGGAGGGGAAAGGACAGGGGAGGGGAGGGUAAAUAGUGGGCCAGGCAGGAAGAUGGCGGCGGUAGCGGAGGUGUGAGUGGACGCGGGACUCAGCGGCCGGAUUUUCUCUUCUCUUCUUUUCCCUUCUCCUUCUCUAUUUGAAAUUGGCAUCGAGGGGGCUAAGUUCGGGUGGCAGCGCCGGGCGCAACGCAGGGGUCACGGCGACGGCGGCGGCGACGGCUGACGGCUGGAAGGGUAGGCUUCCUUCACCGCUCGUCCUCCUUCCUCGCUCCGCUCGGUGUCAGGCGCGGCGGCGGCGCGGCGGGCGGACUUCGUCCCUCCUCCUGCUCCCCCCCACACCGGAGCGGGCACUCUUCGCUUCGCCAUCCCCCGACCCUUCACCCCGAGGACUGGGCGCCUCCUCCGGCGCAGCUGAGGGAGCGGGGGCCGGUCUCCUGCUCGGCUGUCGAGCCUCCAUGUCGGAUAAUCAGAGCUGGAACUCGUCGGGCUCGGAGGAGGAUCCAGAGACGGAGUCUGGGCCGCCUGUGGAGCGCUGCGGGGUCCUCAGUAAGUGGACAAACUACAUUCAUGGGUGGCAAGAUCGUUGGGUAGUUUUGAAAAAUAAUGCUCUGAGUUACUACAAAUCUGAAGAUGAAACAGAGUAUGGCUGCAGAGGAUCCAUCUGUCUUAGCAAGGCUGUCAUCACACCUCACGAUUUUGAUGAAUGUCGAUUUGAUAUUAGUGUGAAUGAUAGUGUUUGGUAUCUUCGUGCUCAGGAUCCAGAUCAUAGACAGCAAUGGAUAGAUGCCAUUGAACAGCACAAGACUGAAUCUGGAUAUGGAUCUGAAUCCAGCUUGCGUCGACAUGGCUCAAUGGUGUCCCUGGUGUCUGGAGCAAGUGGCUACUCUGCAACAUCCACCUCUUCAUUCAAGAAAGGCCACAGUUUACGUGAGAAGUUGGCUGAAAUGGAAACAUUUAGAGACAUCUUAUGUAGACAAGUUGACACACUACAGAAGUACUUUGAUGCCUGUGCUGAUGCUGUCUCUAAGGAUGAACUUCAAAGGGAUAAAGUGGUAGAAGAUGAUGAAGAUGACUUUCCUACAACGCGUUCUGAUGGUGACUUCUUGCAUAGUACCAACGGCAAUAAAGAAAAGUUAUUUCCACAUGUGACACCAAAAGGAAUUAAUGGUAUAGACUUUAAAGGGGAAGCGAUAACUUUUAAAGCAACUACUGCUGGAAUCCUUGCAACACUUUCUCAUUGUAUUGAACUAAUGGUUAAACGUGAGGACAGCUGGCAGAAGAGACUGGAUAAGGAAACUGAGAAGAAAAGAAGAACAGAGGAAGCAUAUAAAAAUGCAAUGACAGAACUUAAGAAAAAAUCCCACUUUGGAGGACCAGAUUAUGAAGAAGGCCCUAACAGUCUGAUUAAUGAAGAAGAGUUCUUUGAUGCUGUUGAAGCUGCUCUUGACAGACAAGAUAAAAUAGAAGAACAGUCACAGAGUGAAAAGGUGAGAUUACAUUGGCCUACAUCCUUGCCCUCUGGAGAUGCCUUUUCUUCUGUGGGGACACAUAGAUUUGUCCAAAAGGUUGAAGAGAUGGUGCAGAACCACAUGACUUACUCAUUACAGGAUGUAGGCGGAGAUGCCAAUUGGCAGUUGGUUGUAGAAGAAGGAGAAAUGAAGGUAUACAGAAGAGAAGUAGAAGAAAAUGGGAUUGUUCUGGAUCCUUUAAAAGCUACCCAUGCAGUUAAAGGCGUCACAGGACAUGAGGUCUGCAAUUAUUUCUGGAAUGUUGACGUUCGCAAUGACUGGGAAACAACUAUAGAAAACUUUCAUGUGGUGGAAACAUUAGCUGAUAAUGCAAUCAUCAUUUAUCAAACACACAAGAGGGUGUGGCCUGCUUCUCAGCGAGACGUAUUAUAUCUUUCUGUCAUUCGAAAGAUACCAGCCUUGACUGAAAAUGACCCUGAAACUUGGAUAGUUUGUAAUUUUUCUGUGGAUCAUGACAGUGCUCCUCUAAACAACCGAUGUGUCCGUGCCAAAAUAAAUGUUGCUAUGAUUUGUCAAACCUUGGUAAGCCCACCAGAGGGAAACCAGGAAAUUAGCAGGGACAACAUUCUAUGCAAGAUUACAUAUGUAGCUAAUGUGAACCCUGGAGGAUGGGCACCAGCCUCAGUGUUAAGGGCAGUGGCAAAGCGAGAGUAUCCUAAAUUUCUAAAACGUUUUACUUCUUACGUCCAAGAAAAAACUGCAGGAAAGCCUAUUUUGUUCUAGUAUUAACAGUGACUGAAGCAAGGCUGUGUGACAUUCCAUGUUGGAGAAAAAAAGAAAAAAAAAAGCUGAAUGCUCUAAGCUGGAACGUAGGAUCUAUAGCCUUGUCUGUGGCCCAAGACCUUGGCCUUGUGUACAAAAAUGACAAAAUAUUGCAAUAGCAAAGCUGAACAUCUAACACUAGCUAUCUCUUGCUAGAUCUCCUUGCUCAGCAUAUAACUAUAAAUACAUGUAAAAUUACAUGUAUAUGGCUAUAUUUUUAUUUGCUUGCUCCUAGAAGAGAAAAAAAAUCAACUUUGAAUCACAACUAGGAAUUGAUGCUUUAAUUUUUGGAUACUUUUUCAGAAUUUUUAAUUUACUAUGGUCCGGCCUAAGAUCCUCUGUUGUAUCAGGUUUUGUGCACAAAAGAAAAGCACAAAAGUUGAAUGCACAUGGGGCAUGUGCUUUCUGUGCACCAAAUAUCUGGAUGAGGUUCUUUUUUCAGGCCUACAGUCAAAUCUGUGUCCAGAAUUUUUUGACUUUUUUGCUUUGUAUAAUCAUAGAAUUCAUUGCUGCUGAUUUCUAUAAUGAUUCAUGUUGUCAUGUGUCUCUUAAUAACUGAGGGCUGUCAAUAACCUGUGAUUUUGCCUUUUCUAUAGUCUUACUCCCAUGAAGAACCUUGGUUCUGAUGGAGAAAGUGAAAAGCUUUAUUUCUUCCCCUAGAUAUCUUUAUAUUGGUAUUAUAUUUUUUAGUUGUGUACUGUGUACUAGAGAUUUUUUUCAGUUUGUUACGAACACAAUUUGGUAAGCCCUAAAUUGGUUCUGCCUGUCUCCAAACAGAAACAUCUGUACAAAUCUUGUUGGUAUAGACUACUUUCUGGAAAAUGGGCAAGAUAAGUUCAUGUUUUCUUGAAAUUUCUAAGAUAGUAUAUGGUAUCACUUGUUUAAAGCAAAUCAGACUGAGUUUGACAUUUAAUUCAAUAUUUCUGGUAUUCAGUAACGGGUAUAUAUGUUUGUUCUUCCAGUUUGGGUCAGUUUAAAAGAUAUGUUGCAAAGUAUACAUAGAAAAUGUGAGCAAUGCCUCUCUUUGCCUCUUGAUCAGAAACUUCAGCAGAGCGGUAAGGAUUCCACAUGAUUUAAACUGAAAUGCUUUUCUUUGUUGCUAUAAGAACUUAAAAUGUAAAAUACCUUUUUCAGUUUAAGUCCUGUAAACAACAUUGAAGCAUGGAGAUGAGGCAAGGAAUAGUACUCACUGAAGUUGAAAUGACUGCCCACUUCAAAAUCAUCAUUGUGUUUACACACCAGUGUAUUUAUACAAAUCAGAGGCAUUUUGUAGAUGCUUUGCUGACUUGUUCAGCUCUGUAAAAACACAGAAAUCAGACCCAUUUUGUAAAGCAGAAAGUCAUGUUACAUGGAACAUGUCCUGUAUAUAUCACAUACAUGGUAAUGGAGUCUUUAAUGAUAAGUGCAAGAUAAUAAUUUAAUGAUGGGAUUAGUCUGAUCGCUUAAUAUGCACAAUCCUGGAAGUGAAUUACUUGCAUCAGAUAUAGUGAUAUUUAUUAUUCUGUACAGAGAGAAAAAUACAUAUAAAACAUAUGCUUACAUUACAUGCACGCGGAUUUCACGCUCCAUAAUCUUUUCUAUUUUUUAAUUUACCUUUCUGUAAAUGAUGUGCAUGGAAUAUGCCUUAUAGAAAAAUGCUGUUCAUAAUUUGACUAUGUGGAAAAGUGCCUAUAUGGUGGUAAUGCUAGUAAGGCAAAUAAGACAAAUUAUCAUGUUGGUUUACUACAUCACCAGUUAACAUUUUAUAUUGUGAUGUUUAAAAAAGAAAAAUUUAUACCUCAAAUGUGUAUUUUAUUUUACAAUCAGCUGUGGGGUAUGGGGUUGGGAUGGGAGAAUGGGGGGUUGGGGAGGGCAGGUUUAUUCACCAUAGCCACUGAUAAGAAUCUUCAAAAAAAUUCUAUAUGCUCACUAUAGAUGUUUCUCUGUUUGCCAUUUCUGGUAACUAUCAUGAACACAGACAGUUAACUCUUUCAUAACUGAAUUGGAUAGCUUUAUUUUACAGAAGUAUGGCAAGUCUACAAAGCAAUAUCUAAAUCUAAUUAUCAUUAGUUGCAUUUGGACUAAAUGUGAUGAUAUACUUUUGCAAUUGAUUCUGUAAAUAAAAGGAUUACACUAAAAUAUUUGUAUUAAAAGAAGAAAAGAUAACAUUUUACCUUUAGAUAACUGCACUUGUACCUCACUAGAGUUAAUCCCACCCAAUCAGAUUGAGAAAGAAAUUGGGGAAUGUGGAAAGAGUCCAAAAGAGGUCAGAAUUUGGAGAGGUACUGGCCUUCUGGACAACAUUUAGACCCUCUACAAUUAUUUUCAUUAAGCUGAUUCCUACAUCCUGAAUAUUCAUGUUUUCUCAUCUACAGAUAUUUGUCUUCCCCCAAACCAAAAGAAAAAAAACUACCCUUUACUCUCUUUUCUAUUCAGUUACUCUUUUGUGCUGUUAGAAACUUGAAAUGUAUUGGUGAUGUGGGGAUUUUGUCCCUGACUGCCCACUGUGCAGGACAAGAGAGCACAGUGUUUCAGUUGGAAUUCAGGACUGGUUUUGAGGUAGAGGAUGAUCACUGCAGUACUUGGUUUGGAAUUGCCACAGGGGUAGCUAAACCAAAGGAGGGUUAUAUCUGCAAGGGAGGUGUAAGAAGGCAAAAUAAGGAAAAGGAGGAAUGGGUUUUCUAUUUGUUCAGUUUCAUCAACUAAUUUAUACACCUAAUACAACGUCAGUGUCAAUUGCUAUUAAGAAAUUUUUAGUUGGGCUGAGCUGGUUCUCUUGUGAAAUUGUGCUGGUUAUCUUUAAGCUUAUCAGUUAUUUGUCCAAUUAAACACUUUUCACCAGUAUUUAGUCCAAGUUGUACAGACGAUGUAUUUGGAUUUUGUCAUGGUUCAUCUACAGACUCAAAACAUAAUCAUUUUAAAGUACCUUGGGAGUGUGUAGAGUAACUUCUAUAAUAGCUUUAUGAUCCUGAUGAUGUUUUUUAAACACAAUAAAGUUGGAUCUUCCAUGUUACAAUCACAGAAUUAAAACCAGUAUUUAAAGUGGAAAAGUAUUAAAAUAUUAUGGACAAA